AUGAAACGUGCGAGAAUUGACGGUCCGGAGAAGACUCCGUCCUCGGGGGGCCCAUCCGGCUCGCAAGUCCACAUGCCAAAGAUAUCCAGAAAGAUUCGUGCCUGGGGGGAGAGACAAACAGGUCAGGAAUGUCAAAAUCGUAAGAUCAAGUGCGGCAUUGAGCCCGGCCAGAACCAAUGUGCUCGGUGUGCUCGCCUCGGUCUCCAGUGCGUCGUCAACAAGAGCCUCCAGACUCUCCUUGACAGUGAGAAUGAGUGGAAGACCAAGAUGGAGAUGCAGCUGCAGGCACUGCAGGCCUCCAUGAACGAGAUUCAGCGCCAUCUCAACAUGCCGCCCAUGAUGCCCCUUCAUGCUUUUCACGAAGGCGGGGGCAUGUCUCAGAGUCCAGUAAACCUCGCGGGCUCACAGAGCAGUCCCGGCACCGGCCCUUCACCUAUUCGGCCGCCGGAUGUGACGGCCAUGACCCGGGAGAACUCACCCGAAGUACCCACCGCUCAAGAUAACGGCGAGGACCAGGCAAUAGUCAGCGCACCAAUGGCGAGCCUCUUCGAGGUGACCAAGCUGCGGAAUAUCCGGAGCGACCCCGGGGCUCGGAUCCACCAACCAUCGAACCGGGCCCAGGAGCCCGAUUUCAUAGCCCUGGGCAAAUUUAGCCUUCAAGAGGCCGAGCAGCUUUUCUCCACGUUCCGUGGGACCCUCAACGCAUACUUGUGGGGGGGCAUCGCGCUAGUUCACGACACCCUCGCGGCUACGCGCUUAUCCUCCCCCCUCCUCACUGCCGCCAUCCUCGCCGUGACGGCUUUACACGCCCAGGACGAAGGCCGCGCCUUUGACACAUGUUAUCCCAUAUUCCUCGAGCUGGCGAGCCAGUCAAUGUUUGACCGGUACCAUACGCUCGACGACGUUCGGGGGCUAUGUGUGGGGGCAUUCUUCCUCUCCGACCUCAGCUGGAAGCUCAGUGGUCUCGCUGUCCGGAUAGCAACAGAACUAAACCUCCAUCAGUUUUGCGCGAAAGCGCUCAACAACGGCUCGCCACAGUACGUUGAGCAGGCGAGGCUGUGGUAUUUCCUCUACGUGUGUGAUCAUCACUUUAGUAUCGCUUACGGGAGGCCCCCCGUCAUCAACGAGGACGCAAGUAUCGUCCACCAUGAAGAUUUCCUCAAGCUGCCAGGCAUCACCCAGGCAGACCAUCGCCUACACAGCCAGGUUGGUGUCUUUAUUAUUUUGAGUCGGGUCUUCCAUACGUUUGGUCCAGAUAGGUCAAGGCAAGUUGGCAGAGACGAGUUCGUCCAGCUGAAAAAGUUUGAUGAUGAACUCGGCCGUUGGAAGGCUAAAUGGGAAACUCGGUUAGUGCCGGACAAGCACAUCUCAAAGUAUCCCGCCAAGGGCGUCAUUCUUCAUUAUCAUUUUGCCCGUCUCCUAUUGUUUUCCGUCUGCUUACGCGGCCUCAACGCGUCAAACCAGUCAGACCAGUACGCCGUGUGCGACGAGCGCCGCGGCUUUAUCAAUACUGCCAUAGCAAGCGCGUCGGCUGCCUUGGAGCUGAUCUUGACAGACCCAGACAUGCGCCGAGCCGUCAUCGGCGUACCUUUGUACCUGCUGACGACCAUUGCCUACGCCGCCAUGUUUCUUAUGAAAGUGUACAUGCAGUGGAAGCCGGCCAAGGUGGACAUACAUUACAACGAUGUCGUCUCGCUAAUAGAGCGAGUCGUCAUCCUGUUGGGGGAGACCCAGCGUUGCACUCGGCACGUGGCUCAUUACAUUGGCCGCGGCCUCAACAACAUGCUCGAAAAGUUCAAGGAGCGCGGCCCACAGGAGCAAUAUUACAUUGCGGCCGGCCAACCGGGAGGAGUUAGUAGUAUACCAGGCCAACCCGUGCCUCAAACUUGGCCAGAGGACAUGGGACCAGCUGAUUGGGAAGGAAUUUUCAACGGAGGCAUGAUGAACUUUGGGAUGCCGGAGCAAUACCCGCAGUACGGUCUAUUGAACGACCUAAACUCGGGGUUCUGA